AUGGACUACCUGAAGUGUCACGACUUCUUGAUUGCUGAUCUUCGCGUUGACGAGCAACGACAUCUCGUGUUCGCUACGCAAUUCCAAUUGAAUCUGCUACAGAACGCGACACGAUGGUUUAUGGACGGAACGUUCAAGGUAGUGAAAGACCCGUUCAAGAGCAGGGGCCAGCUGUUAAGCAUUCAUGCAUUCAUCCACAAGGACGGGAAGCUGAAGCAGUUGCCAUUUGUGUUCGCACUGAUGUCGCGGAAAACGGAGGCCGAUUAUGUCGCUGUUCUGCGCGCCAUCCGUGACAGGGUUCCAAACUUGUCAGUUGAAAACGUCGUCCUGGACUUUGAGAAAGCUGCAUGGAAAGGGAUCCGCGAAGUAUUUCCUUUAGUAAGCAUAAAAGGAUGUGUCUUCCACUGGGUGCAGUCUGUGUGGCGGAAAGUACAGGAGUUAGGCCUAGCCACCGCGUACCGAAACAACCAGGCCAUCCACCAGUAUGUUCGGCAGUUGAUGGCGUUGCCGUUCCUGCCUGCCGGACACAUAACCGAGACGUUCCACCAGCUUCAGGCCCGUGCAAACUCCGUCCAACUGAGACGAUACCAGUAAAAAUCCUGAAUAUCUUCAAACAAACGCCAAAGUGUAGUCGGUAGACCCCAGUGGUGGAGAACAUAAAUCAAAAUAACAUUCUUCCAAUGCCAGUAUUCACACAUCCAAUUUUAGAUUUAAGAAUACAGAAUAUACGUGCUUCUUCACAUUAUUUUUUCCCCUUUUGUUCCAUAUGGUC